GUUCGCAAAUCAAAGAAAACUUUCUUAUGUGCACAUGCUUUGCUGUGAUUGUAACUGUUGAUGACAUUGGAGAUGUAGCUGAAGGCAAUGAAACCAGAAUAACAUGUAACAUUGUGCGAAGUAGUUCAAGUAGUGUAGGUAUUCCUACCGUAACCUGGUAUAAUGUUACCAAUGGAGUAACUGAUACAAUAGCACAAUCUCAAGGUGGAGCUGGAUUGGUACGUUCUUUAUACAUCGACAGAUUCAGUGUUGAUGGAGACACAACACUAGUAAUUGCUAACACCAGCCGAAGUGACAACGGCACGUAUCAGUGUAGUGUAUCUAUAUUUGACGAUCCCCCUGCACCUGCAUCUGAUGACGCCAUACUGAGUGUUAUAUAUUUAUACAAGCCUGUAUUAAGUUCCUUUGAUACACCUGUGAGUGAAGGCGAUACGGUUGAGAUGUCAUGUUCUGCAGAUGCUAACCCGUUACCUACGUACACAUUUUUAAGGGAUGGUGAGGUACAGCAAUCAGGGGGUUCAUCCACAUUCACAGUUCAAUCAGUGAGUCGUGUCAAUGACGGCAGUUAUGUGUGCAGGGCCAGUAACAGUGCUGGGACCAAAACAAGUGAAAGUAGAACGCUGGAUGUAGGCCUACAAUUUAGUCCCUGUGCUGACGAGCCCUGUGAGAAUGGUGGAACGUGUUCAGUUGUUGAAGAAGGCUACAAUUGUAGAUGCAAUGAUCAUUUCCAUGGAUUGAAUUGCACAAACUGCAUCUAUAAGGAUGGCUGUGACUUGGAUAAAGGGGACACGUACUACAGUGAUGGGAAUGGCGUUUGUGGAUGCUACUGUGGUGGUUGUAGACAAUUUGAUAAAAAUACAAAUCGUUGUGAAAUCUGUUCAGUCUGUUCAAGUAGCACGAGUCUGACAAUUGGAAUGUUAUUUGUGGGCAUCAUUGUUGGAGCUUUCGGGGUGAUUGGUGGAUUGAUCGUCCACACGAGGAUUAAACAGAAGACAAAAAUAGACAAGAGAAGUACGGACAAGAGUAAACAAGAUACUUACAUGGACUUCACGGCAGAUAGGCCAACUGCUGGCAAUGAAAACCAGACUUACCAAGAUCUACAAUAUAGAGAAGAAGAAACAGCUUAUGUUAAUUUGAAGUCGGGAAAGAGAUAAAAAUGUAAAGAGGAGCAGUAUCUGAUUGGAGUUAAUGCGUGUUGCUUGAACAAGGAUCAUGAUAAUCCAUACAAAAUUUAAUCAAUGAUGAUCGUACAGCAACGAACCAAAGAAAUGUUU